AGAGCUUUACGAAACAGUAAUGUGUUGAUAAUAAGAUAUUCAACUCCAAAUCGUAAUUAACAGCUAUGAGAACCUAUUUUCGAGCUACUUUUAUUCCUACAAUAUCAAGGAAGCUACUAGUAAUUGUUAAUCUCCCGCAACAGCUGUUACCGUCUGCAACGACAACCGCGGGAUGUUAUCAAACACCGCGUCUUUGGUAAUAACGAGGGCUUUGAGGAGGUCGCUUGCUUUUGCUCCAAAUGUCACAGAAGGACCACUCUGAAAAUGACAUUUGGGAGUAUAAACCUCUCCAGAAGAAACAGAAGAGACACGAAUCAGUGUCUGUGACUGGAACUGCGGCCAAGAGAAGAUGCACCUCCAGAAAGACGUCAAAGAGAGCCACUUCUUCCUCAGCCAAGUCACCUGGCAGUAAUGUGAAAGUCAAAGCUGCAGAAAACGGUGAUGUCAGUGCUGCUAAUGUUAAUAAAGAAGAGCAUAGCAGCUUAGUGACACCCUCAAAGUCUUCUCCAACUCAUGAGACACUCAAACGUGAAUUGAAUGCAGCUGAGGGACCAUCCACUGGACACUUUUGUCCUAUCUGUCAGAUGCCAUUUUCCAUUUUGGUGGUACAGUCUCAAAGAUGGCAUGUUGCCGAAUGUCUUGACACCCCCAGGGACACAUGCAAAGAAUGUCCAGCUGGCCUCCAGUGCUCCUCCUCCAUUCCAAACCAUUACAAGAAAUUCAACCACACACUACUGGCCCACAAUCGAGCAAACAGCGACACAGGCUUCCUCAGUCUGUCCCAGCAGGCAGAGACCAGCAAGGAGAAUAGUCUCAGUUGUCUCCCAGGACUGAUAGACACUGAGGUGGAUGACUCUGCUUUAGAGUCUUCACAGGACAGUGCUUUAAGUAUUUCUGCCCUAUCCAAUCAUAGUGCCUCCUCUCUCAAUAAUCACAAUGAAACACCUCCAUCCAAACGAACAAAUGGCCUUCUGUUACUGCGCUCACCUGGCCCAGAGGAUUUUAAGAAAAAGAAAGGUUGGUCGUCCUCUACUAAAGGCCAGAAGUCUAUCAGUGCUUCCCAAGAAAGUAAAACAGAGCUUUCAUCAACUCCUCUUAAGGCAGAGAGUGGAGGGCAAGCUUGUGGAGGUUUUAUCACAAGUGAACCCUCUCCUGACAACAAUGAGGCAAUAUCCUACUCUCCUCUUUCUGAAUUCCCUGCAGAGACUGAAGUCAUCAAUAGUGAACCCAGAAGAGCCCUUUUUAAUAAUGAUGUAUCUGGAAACGAGGAUGAAGACUCUAUGCUACUGUUCAGCGACAGAUUCUCAAGUGAGGACGAGCUCUUCACUCAAUUUAUAGAUAAUCUUGAAACCAAUAAGGUGCCGGUAGUUUUCUCAAACACCCAGCUGGAGCCAGUUACCUCAUUAGCAGCCACUAAUCAGCUAGCUGCCUCUUCCGUUGCUGAAAACAGAGCUGAUUCCACAGGUGAAAAACAAGUGAAUGGUAAAUUUGCUUGUGAAAUCAGUCCAUUUAAAAGUAGCAUUCAGUCUCCGCAGAGUAUUGUUUUAGAGCGGUUGCGAGAAACUCUUCUAAGCUCAGAUAACCUGCAUUCCAAUAACUUUACUGACAGUAGUAUUCAAUCAGAGCAGCCUCACUCAAGUUCUCCUCAAGUGCCUUCGUCUCAAACCUCCGUCGUCCCAAGAUCUCAAACCAUGGCGCCUCAGAAGCACCAGAGCAAGGCAGGUCAGGCCUCCUGUCUCAAGCAGACGGACAUCGGAGUGUUUUUUGGGCUCAAACCCCUCAAGGAGAAGGAGAAGGAGAAAGAGGCUGACAUUGGAACGAAUGAACUCAACGCUACGUCCAGUGCGGCGCUUGGUGAGAACUCAGGACAGAGAGGACAGAGGAGGAGAGACAGGCAGAGAAAGACUGACACAACUGCAGAUACCUCACAGGGCACAGCAACUGUUAAAAGCAGCGACGCAGCGGCCGCUCAGGGAGAAGCAGGGAGAGGCGGGACCAGAGGAUGGAGAAGAAGAAGGUGGAACAGAGGAAAAGGUGACGGAGAAGAAGAGGUUUUACCACGUUGUCCGUUCUACAAGAAGAUUCCAGGAACAAAGUUUGUCAUAGAUGCCUUUCGGUACGGAGUGAUUGAGGGCAUCACAGCUUACUUCCUAACCCAUUUCCACUCAGACCAUUACGGAGGGUUGACCAAGAACUCCACUUUUCCAAUCUACUGUAACAGAAUCACAGGGAACCUGGUGAAGAGCAAGCUGAGAGUGGCAGAGCGAUAUGUCCACAUCCUUCCCAUGAACACACAGGUCACUGUGGAGGGAGUCAGGGUCAUCCUCCUCGAGGCCAACCAUUGUCCAGGAGCUGCCAUGUUACUGUUCUUCCUACCAGAUGGACAGACGGUCCUCCACACUGGAGAUUUCAGAGCUGAUCCCUCAAUGGAGAUCUACCCUGAGUUACUCAGCUGCAGGGUGCAGACUCUUUACCUGGACACCACGUAUUGCAGCCCUGAGUAUACCUUCCCCAGACAGCAAGAGGUCAUUAACUUUGCAACAAGCAGAGCCUUUGAGUUGGUGACUCUCAGCCCACGUACCCUUGUCGUGUGUGGAUCCUACUCUGUGGGGAAAGAGAAGGUCUUUUUGGCGCUGGCAGAAGUCCUGGGGUCUAAAGUGUGCCUCUCUCGGGACAAAUACAACACCAUGUGCUGUCUGGAGUCAGAGCAAGUCAAACAACGUAUAACCACCGACUGGAAGGCAGCCCGGGUCCACGUGCUGCCCAUGAUGCAGCUGUCCUUCAAAAAACUGCAGGAUCACCUGGCGCGGUUUUCAAGACAGUACGAUCAGCUGGUGGCUUUCAAGCCCACAGGCUGGACCUUCAGCCAGCAGGUGGAAUCAGUGGAAGAUAUUCAGCCACAGACCAGUGGCAACAUCUCUAUCUAUGGAAUUCCAUACAGCGAACACAGCAGCUUUCUGGAGUUGAAGCGUUUUGUCCAGUGGCUCCAGCCCCUCAAGAUCAUCCCUACAGUCAACAACGGCAGCUGGGCUAGCAGGAAGGCUAUGGAAAAGUGUUUUAGCGAGUGGCUCAAGGAAACUAAAGCUAAACUGUAACUUAUGUCUGUUGCAGGGAACAGCAAAAACAAAACACUCAUCGUCAACGUGGCAAUACUGUACGACCACAGGGCGGACAAAGAUUUUUAAACACUACACAUUUUAUCAUUUUUAUCGAGGUUGUUUACCUCAGUCCGCUCUGCUCAUUUCAUAAUGAUAGCCUUUCAUUGCAGAGCAAGGGUUGUGAUGAAGUAGCUGAACAUGAAGCGCAUCCCUGAUUAUUCACACUGAUGAAAAGAAUGAGUAUAAGCUCCUGAAACAACUUGAUAUAAAGGUUCUUUGAUGCACGGUGGGCUAAAAUAAAUUACUCACUAACAA